AUGAAUACAGUGAAUGUGGGAAAUCUUAUACUUCUCACCCUGGCCUCUAUUAUCUUUAGAGAGAUCACACAGGAGAAAGGCCUUAUAAGUGUAGAGAGUGUGGGAAAUCUUUUACCAGUAGGAGGAACCUUCGUUAUCAUCAGGGAGUUCAUACAGAGUGCAGUGAAUGUGGGAAAUCUUUUCCAUCUAGGUCCGGCCUCUUAUCAUCAGAGAGUUCACACAGGAUUGAGGCCAUAUGAGUGUAGUGUGUAUGGGAAGUCUUUUUCCAAGAGCUCUGUGAUUACUGAACAUCAGAGAGUUCACACUGGACAUAGGCCUUAUCAGCGCCGUGAAUGUGGGAAGUCUUUUUUCUCUGGUUUCAACAUCAAUAAUCAUCAGAGAGUUCACACAGCAGAAAGGCCUUAUGGGUGCAGUGAAUGUGGGAAAUGUUUUCCCUGUAAUUCUAUCCUUCAUGAACAUCAGAGAAUUCACACAAGCAAAAGGCCUUAUGAGCACACGGAAUGUAGGCAGUCCUUUAGAGCAAAUUCUUCUCUCCUUGAACACUGUAGAGGUCACACUGCAGAGAAGCCUUAUAAAUGCAGUGAAUGUGGGAAAUCUUUUUCAUCUAGGUCUGGUUUCCGUUAUCAUCAGAGAGUUCACACAGGAUCAGGGCCAUAUGAGGCUAGUGAAUGCGGGAAAUCUUUUCCCCAGAGCUCUGUACUCCUUCAACAUCCGUGUUCACAGAGCUGA